AUGAACGGCCAUUUGGCAUUGCUCAAAUAUGCACAUGAAAAUGGCUGUGUCUGGAACUUUUGGACCUGCGCAAAAGCUGCCGAGAAUGGCCAUUUGGAUGUCCUGAAGUAUGCACAUCAAAAUGGAUGUCAAUGGGAUGGCCGUACUUGCUAUUCUGCGGCUGAAAAUGGCCAUCUGGAUGUUUUAAAGUAUGCCCAUGGAAAUGGCUGUCCAUGGGAUGAGAGGACAUGUUGCAACGCUGCUGAAAAUGGCCAGUUGGAGUGCCUCAAAUAUGCCCAUGAAAAAGGGUGUCCUUGGGAUGACUCGACGUGCAGCCAAGCUGCUGAAAAUGGUCAUUUGGAGUGCCUCAAAUAUGCCCAUGAAAAUGGCUGUCCUUGGGAUGAAGAGACAUGCAGCGAUGCUGCAACUGGUGGCCAUGUGGAAGCCCUGAAGUAUGCCCAUGAGAAUGGGUGUCCAUGGGAUGACGAGACAUGCAGCAAUGCUGCUAAAGGUGGCCAUGUGGAAGCCCUGAAGUAUGCCCAUGAGAAUGGGUGUCCUUGGGAUGAAGAGACAUGCAGCAAUGCUGCUGAAGGAGGCCAUGUGGAGACUCUACAAUAUGCGCAUGAAAAUGCCUGCCCAUGGGAUACUCAAACUUGUAAUUCUGCAGCUAAGAACAGUCAUUCGGAAUGCCUAAGAUAUGCCCAUGAAAAGGGAUGUCCAUGGGACAAACCAUUGGUGUGCAGUGAAGUUGCUGAAAAAGGCCACUUUGAAAUCUUGAAGUAUGCCCAUGAGAAUGGCAGUGAAUUGGAUCCGAGCACAAGCUACUACGCCGCUCGAGAUGGCAAUGUUGAAAUACUGCAGUACGCACAUGAGAAUGGCUGCCCAUGGCAUGAAGAUAUAUGUGAUAGUGCCGCUGACCAUGGCCACUUAGAAUGCCUGAAAUAUGCUUAUGGAAAUGGAUGUCCGUGGAAUGUUGACAGGUGGUCCUAUGAUGCUUCUCAAAAUGGUCAUUUGGAAAUCUUGAAGUAUGCCCUGGCAAAUGGCUAUCCACUGGAAAAUGCAAACGUGUAUGCAAAGCUGCUGCAAAAUCUGGUCAUUUUGAGUUGUUUAAGUAUUUGCUUGAAAUGGGUUGCUCUUGCACUCAAUCUGAUUUAGGCCAAAUUGGCUCUCCGGAUGUGAGGGCGAUUGUGAAUCAUCUUCCUAUUGUUUGACGCCGCGCUUCAUGCCGAAAUUGCGCAAAGAAGGAAGGGGCUCUAUAAUCGAGGAAGGGAGUUUCCGUCCUCUACCGGUACUGCAUGGCUGCUGGAGUACUGUGUUACAGCUGCGAUGAACAGACGUGAUUUCCAUUGUCCUUGUAGAAUGAGAGAGCCUAGCCUUAGUUAAAAUAAGAAAACCAUCAAGUUGUUGAG